AUGUACGAGUAUGUGCUUGUGGACUCAUACCUCGUCAGAACCAGGAUAUGGACUUAUCCGCAAGAUGCCGUCCUAGGACCAACACUCUUUGACAUCCCUGCCGAGGAGAUGUUUUUCUUCCUCAUUCAAUCCUACAUUGCCACUGGCUUGCAAAUCCUAGCCACCAAAUCGGUCAUCACGGCCACCUACUUGCACAAUGAAACGGACCCUCGAGAUCUCGUCGGCAGCUCAUUGGGCUCCUGGAAAUGCCGGGGUCAGGGAAUCUUUCUUUUGUGCUCCGCCGUUCCCAUCUUUGUCAGAGCGAGGCUCAUAUUUGGGUGGGCCUCUCCAGUACUAUUGAUGCUUUGGACAUUUGCCUACCAACUCCUCCUUACCUUGCCAUGGACCCAGACAUGGCUGCCCAUUGGUCUUCCGACGCUCUAUCUCUGGAUCGUUGACACACUCGCUCUUCGUCGAGGGACAUGGCACAUCGAGUCCGGCACUAAGCUUGGAAUCCACGUUUGGCCACAUUUGGAAAUUGAAGAAGCCGUGUUCUUUUUGAUCACCAACAUUCUGGUAGUGUGGGGCUCGGUUGCAUUCGAUAACGCGAUUGCCAUCCUCGAUGCCUUUCCUCAAGAAUUUCCUGUUAAUGCUCUGACAGUUCUUGCGAGAAAGAGCCGAUCAUUCUAUUUGGCCUCGGGUGUCUUUGCCGGCCGUCUGAGGAUCGACUUGGUCUUGCUGUACGCAUUUUGCAGAGUGGCCGAUGAUUUGGUCGACAACGCGCCUUCGGCAGAGGAGGCAGACAAGUGGGUGAAGCAUUUUUCCAACUUUCUAGAUACCAUAUACUCUCCAAAACGGGACGAGGCACGAUUGCGGCAUGCUCUGGCUCCAUUUCCAAGCCAGGUUCAGUCAAUCCUAGUGCUCCUUCCAGCCGACAAGCUGCCUUCGGAACCCCUAUAUGCGCUUCUCGACGGAUUUCGAAUCGAUCAGGAGUUCUUCAACAAGGGAUCGAAGACAACCACGCCCAUUGAGACCUACUCUGAUCUUGAGAGGUAUGCAUCCUGUGUGGCAGGGACAGUUGGUCUAAACCUGGUCUAUCAACAUGACCCGGAUCGAGACACAGACAUAGCGACCAAAGAAAAAUGUCUUGCGGCGGGCGCAAGGAUGGGUAGAGCACUGCAAUAUAUCAACAUUGCUCGCGAUGUUCGUACUGACGCCGAGACUGGACGAUGUUACAUCCCAAGUGAAUGGCUGGGUAGAUCGCCAGUCACGUCAGUUGAUGCUCGAAGAGAGGCCUUCGCCACUCAUCGAAAAAGGAUACUGGACGCUGCUUUCACGAUGUAUGCCGAAAAUAGAAACGCGAUCGAAGAACUCCCCAGAUAUGCGCGUAGUGGCAUUCGCGUUGCUGUGGAAAGCUACAUGGAAAUAGGGAGGGUCAUGCGCGAGCGGAUGGAGCAGGGCAAACCUCUGGACUUUAUCGGGGGCGGGAAAAGGGGAAGGACAAGUGUUCCUCCAGCAAGAAGGACUUUGUCACCAAGCCUGGUCCCCCGUGGGCGUGGGGAGACGGAGCGGCACGAGCAAGCCAAAAAGUGUCGUGAUUGUCGGAGCGGGAGCUGGAAGCAUCGCCAGUGCUGCGAGACUGGCCAAAGCGGGCCUCCGGUGCCGGCCACCGUUUCGAUCAAGGCCCCUCUCUUCUUCUACUGCCCGACCUCUUCGAAGAAGCCUUCACCGACCCUAGGCACGUCCCUCGAAGCGGAAGGAGUUGAACUGGUGAAAUGUGAGCCUAACUAUAAUGUCUGGUUUGGAGAUGGGGAAUGCAUCGAACUGUCCACGGACAUUGCAAGAAUGAAAAAGACGAUCGAAAGAUACCUGGCUUGGAUGCAGGAGGCGCACGUUCAUUACGAAGCUAGUGUCGCCCACGUUUUGAGAAAGAACUUCUCAAGCAUGUGGUCGAUGGCCAGGCCUGGUUUUCUGUCCUACCUGCCAGUCCUUCACGCCUUUGAAAGUAUCUGGACCCGAGCAGCGCGCUAUUUUAUGACUGAGCGUCUAAGACGGGCCUUCACCUUCGGCAGCAUGUACAUGGGCAUGAGUCCCUUUGAAACUCCCGGCACGUACAGUCUGCUUCAAUAUACAGAACUGGCAGAAGGCAUUUGGUAUCCUAAAGGUGGGUUCUAUAAAGUGCUGGACGCGCUGGUGAAGGUGGGGCGAACCUCUUGGUGUCGAAUACAGGCUCAAGCUGCCUCGUUGUCGAAAAAGCCAACUUCCUGCUCUAGUAUUUCAUUCUACUGGUCUGUCGACCAAGUCAUUCCCGAACUUGGGACGCAUAAUGUUUUCCUCGCGGAUGACUAUAAAUCCAGCUUCGAUGAGAUCUUCCAACGACAACAACUUCCUAUCGAACCAUCCUUCCACGUCAACGUGCCUUCUCGUAUUGAUACUAGUGCCGCUCCUACGGGCCGAGACAGCAUCAUUGUUCUUGUAUCAUGCGGUCACCUAUUAGAGGGAGGGGCGGAUCGAGGCUUGGACUCGCAAGACUGGCCGGCGAUGGUGUCCAAAGCUCGGAAUACAGUUUUGGAAACUGUACGCCAGCGUACUGGUGUCAACCUCCAAUCGCAUGUGAUCCACGAAAUCGUGAACAGCCCGGCUUCGUGGAAGGAAAAGUUCAACCUCGACAAAGGGGCCAUUCUGGGACUGAGCCAUUCUUUCUUCAAUGUUCUCAGCUUUAGACCCGCGACCAAACACGUGCAUGUUGGAAGUUUGUACUUUGUCGGUGCCAGUACCCACCCAGGCACAGGUGUACCGAUCGUCCUAGCCGGGAGCAAGAUCACAGCCGGACAAAUCCUUGACGGCCUGGGUUUGACGAUACCUUGGCCUCAAGGCGGGCAUCAGAUUCGAACCGUCAGCGGUCUGGACGACAGGGGAAAGGCACCUGCAGGCCUGAAUCGGGCACUCGUCCUCGUGCUUCAUGUCUUGCUUCUCCUGAUCAGCGCGGUCGUAACGAGAAGACAUCUAUACCAGAGUUGGAUACUGAUUGUUAUCCUCUCGGCAUGUGUUCUGAUUCAAAUAAUAGAACGGUUCGAUAUAGACAGCUACAAAUUGUAG